AUGGAAAUGAUUAAGACCAUGAUCCGCACCCCUAAUGCCCGGCAUCAGAGGAGCUGUUCCGGCAACCCCGACAGCCAACUCCAUGGAGAAUUGAAGAGCGGGCAAUGCCUGCUGCAGAUAGUGGGACACAAAGAGUUUAUUAUACAUACCGCCCAGCAAUUUGCUUGGCUUGGUGCCGGGCUUCGGUCUUCCACUGGGGACCAGGCGCUCUCGACUUGUGAGACUAUUUUCAAAAAUGUUUCCAGCUGCGAACCGGGGAAGUUUUUGUCUAGUAUUACUUAUAAACUGACAGAAGUGAAGCCGAGCGACCGGCCGCCGUGGUUUGAUAUGUUUCGAUCUGCAGUGGUGGUGGGUGAUUUUCCCGUCUGUCAGCGCCAGGUGUCCGGCCUUGAACUUCCGUUGAAUGUCGCAGCGACAUUGGUUGGUACAAGAUCUGUACAACCAUUCCGGGGAAAGCUAUUUGCCAAAGGAUUCUCUGCAGGUUUGAUGGCUGAGGAGGCUGUCGACGAAGGUUCCAAAAUUAUUGUGUGGCAAUAUUGUUUUAGAGAGGAUGGAGAGCGUCUCUCGUACGAUGACUUUCAGUAUAAGUCUGGAUUGGGGGGAAAUCCGAACGAGAUACCAGACGUUCACGACGUGGAAUCUUAUCGACAUAUCAUCCGUUCCAGUUGUGCCGUCUAG